UUCUCUUUCUUCGUUUUAUUUCUGUUUUUUUCCUUUUCUCUCUCUCUCCCGGUUCGCCAUGGCGUGGCCGUGCAUCAGCAGGGUCUGCUGCCUGGCGCGCUUCUGGAACCAGUUCGACAAAUCCGACCUGUCGGUGCCGCUCACCAUCCAGAACUACUCGGACCUCGCCGAGCCGGAGACCCGCGAGAUCCGCUCGGUCGCCAGGCACGUGCCCGCGGAGCGCGCGCUCAGGGAUGAGUACGCCACGCCGGAGCGCCGCGCUUCACCCACGUCGCAGGACGGAGGAGAAGGAGGAGGUGGUGGAGGAGGAGGAGGAGGCAGGCGGCAGCCGUGCCGCGCGCGGACGGAGCCCAGUUAUAAACCCCGCGAGGACUACCAGCCACCGGGAGUGCCUUUCCCGAGCGUGACCCAGUACAAGCAGGACUAUAAACCGUGGCCUAUCCCGAAGAAAGAUAACUUUCCGUGGAUCGCAAACGGCGGCAGUAAAGGUCCCGCUGAGAGCCCCGUAAACGUGGAGAAGGAGGAGCGCGCGAGUAGGCAGAAGCACGCGGAGGCGAGCGGGACCGGCACGAGCUCGUACAGACAGGAGUACCGGCCCUGGGCAGCAGUCCGGCCAUCCAAGCCUGCUCAGAAAAGGCCUACGUUCCUGGGAGCAGCCACCAACGAGCCCCCUCUGGAGACCAGCUACCAGGCUGCCUUUAGCGCUGACACACACAGGCAUGCAGACGUCAGUGUGCCAGACAUCACAGCGCACACACAGUCCAGCAGCCAGCCAGAGAGGGCAGACAAGACCGAAGUCAGUUCCAGACCGGAGGAGCAGCUGGUGAAGACGAAGUUGUCUCCUAAUCCUUCAGCUGUGUUCCAGAGCAGGUCACGCAUCUUCAACAUAUGACCCAUCAAGACUGGCCAGUAUGGAGGCGGCCAGAACAGAAAGCAGACUGGACAUAGGAUUUCACUUCAACCCAGCACACGGCUUACCAAGUUUCUAGGAAAUGUCUCAAAAGUUACAGCACAGAAACUACUAAGAGACUGAAGCUCUGCAGUGCCACUGAAAGGCUUAGGGAUUGUUUGAGGAUUAAAGAUUUAACAAAACAAAUAUGGAUUGCUGGACUGGACACUGGGCCACUGUCUCCCCAAACCGUUUCAUAAAUGUGUGCAAAAACAACUGAGGAGGGUUAACUCUACUUAGUGUGAAAUCUAUGCAAGUAAAUGAAUGUUUCCAAACUUGAUGUCUGUUGCAGGCAAUGUCUGUAAUAUUUUGAUGGAUAUGAGGCAGCGCUGUACUGUGGAGGUAAAAAGGAAUGAACACGUACUGAUCUGAACUCAAAUAUGCAUGUUUCUCAAUAGUUUAAAUAAGCUUUUUAAUCCAUAGUGUCAAACACUUGACAG